GUUGGCUAGCAUGCCAGAUGUAGCAGACUAGGAGCCUAGGCGUCAUGGCCGGAAUCUCGGGACGACUCUUUGGGUCUGCAGUUCAAAGCGCUCAAGGGCGGCCCGCCCGAGGGAAGGGGAAGGGGGGCAAUGUUGCUGUGAGAACAGUCAUUCCGAAAAUUGUGAAAGGCGCAACUGCUGAUGCCACAGUUCGAGGCAGAGGAACUCGUAUGUUUGCAGGUGGUGGCAUGGGUGGUAGAAGCCAAGCCUACAGCGCAGGCGACGAGUACGAAAGCUUUGGCGGUGAAUACUCUGGAGGUGGCAACCCAAAAGCAUCGGCCUUUGCAAGAGCCUUCGAGGUGGAGGAACGUGCUGCUGGGCCGGUCCGCCGAGUAAUGGGCAGACGCCCUGGUCCUUAUGACGAGCUUCAGGAGGUCGAUGCUGACUACAACGGCUUCCCUCGGUACUCGCAAUACGACUGGGACGAGCCUGAUUGGGAGCACGAUCAGUUUGAAGGACCUCAGACUGUGGGAUCUGCUAUCUUUGUCCGAAAUCUUCCUCCUGGUGUCGAAGGGCAGCAACUGAAGCACCUCUUCGAGGAGGCUGGACAGAUUGCCAACAUCCAGGUUGACAAUGGCCCGUUGCCUACUGCCACCAUUGGCUAUGUGCGACAGGGCGUCGGCUUUGAUGCUGCUGAACUCUUCCAUGGCCGGUAUUUGCUGGGACAUGAGCUCAAGGUGACAGUCAAAGCUGCUGAAUCACCAGCGGCCCGAAAAGUCGAUGAUGAGUUCUGGCGCCAAGAGCUGCGUGCCAUGAAGCAGAGAGGGAGCAUGCGAAACGAUCCAUGGCUCUUGGGGCAGUUUGGCGAAGAGGAUAUGGAUUGGGCGCCCCAAAGAGCGCCCCAAAGCAAAGGCAAGGGACAGAGCCGGCUGAAGGGCUCAGCAGGUCGUGGUAAAGGAGGCUUUGGACCAAGCGCAGGAAUGCACAGCGCCUUAGCCUGGGAUGACUGAGGGGGUCAUGGACGUUUCACUUUAUUUACAUUGUGAAUAUCAGUGUGCAUAGACCAAGGAGUUAUGUCAACGAUGUAUGUAUUUUGUACAAA